CCGGAAGCGGUUCCCGCGGAGCGAGGGUCACCCUACGAGAGCGGCCCCACCCUCAGCACAUGGAGGUUCCCAGGCUAAGAGCUGAAUCAGAGCUGCAGCCACCAGCCUACACCACAGCCACAGCACUGCAGGAUCUGAGCCGCGUCUGCGACCUACACCACAGCUCACGGCAACACUGGCUCCUUAACCCACGAAGCAAGGCCAGAGAUCGAACCCAUGUCCCCAUGGAGACUAGUCGGGUUCAUUUCUGCUGAGCCACAGAGGGAACUCCAGCAUCUUUGCACCUUUCAAGCUCAACCUCUAAAGACUCAGGUUUCCUGAGGAAGAAGUCCAGAAGAGGAGGAAGAGGAAAGAAAAGGCGUCCCAGAUGGCGCUCUCUCAGGCACAGUUGACCUUCAAGGACGUGGCCAUCGAGUUUACUCCGGAGGAGUGGGCCUGCCUGGACCCUGCCCAGAGGGCCUUGUACAGGGACGUGAUGCUGGAGACCUACAGGAACCUGCUCUCCGUGGAUGCCGCUCCCAAAUGCGUGACCAAAGACUCGCCACCCCCGAAAGAGAAGAGUCACGCAGGGGAGACCGUGCCGACCGUGUCACUGCAGACACCCGAGCGCGGGGACCCCAACCCCAAAGACGCCGGCUGCCAGGAGAUCCAGCAAGACAGGCAUGACUCCGACGGCCAGUGGCGAAAUGACAAAAGGAAUCACCAAAGAGCACCCGUGACCCCUAAGAAAAAUCCACCUGGCAGAACAGAUCCACGUGGUAGAAGACACGCAGGAAACAAGCCUGUCUCGAGCAGCCUUGGCCUAAGCUUUCGGUCACACGUGGCUGGACUGCAGGUGUUCCAGACUGAGGAGCAGUUUUAUGAGUGUGGUCAAGUUGCACCGACAGACAGCAACGGCUCCUCAUUUUCUGUGCUGGAGAGCGUGCUUCCUAGGGUCCAUGCCAGCCUUCCUCCCGAGUAUGGCAGGGAUUUCUGGCUUUCCCCGGCACUCACAGCCGACCAGAAGGCACACGUCGGGGAGAAAGCCUACGCAUGCGAUGGCUACGACGAGGCCCUGACCCACAGCUCCCGGCCCACCAGCCACCAGGCGAUCCUGGCGGGUGUGAAGCCUUACACGUGCGAGGCGUGUGGCAGAGCCUUUGCCCAGCGCUCACACCUCACGAGGCAUCAGGUGACGCAUUCAAGAGGGAAGCGGCACGAGUGCGAGGCGUGCGGUAAGGCCUUCAGUUACAGUUCGCACCUUGUCCGCCAUCGGCGCAUUCACACCGGGGAGAGGCCGUACCCGUGUCACGAGUGUGGCAAAGCCUUCAGCGUGUACUCGAGCCUCAUUUACCAUCAGGUCGUCCACACCCGAGAGAAACCUUACAAAUGCAAGGCCUGCGGCAAAGUCUUCAGUCAGAGCUCAAGUCUUACCAAUCACCGCAGGAUCCACACCGGAGAGAAACCGUACAAAUGCAGUAAAUGCGGCAAAGCCUUCAAUCAGAGCUCGCAUCUCACCCGCCACCAGGUGAUGCACACGGGCGAGAAACCCUACAAAUGCGACGAGUGCGGCAAGGUCUUCACCCAAAACUCAAGCCUGGUGAGUCAUCGGAGAAAUCACACCGGGGAGAAGCCCUUCCGGUGCCACGAGUGCGGCAAAGCCUUCAGCGUGUAUUCCAGUCUCACUUAUCAUCAGGUCGUGCACACUCGAGAGAAGCCUUACAAGUGCAACAUAUGCGGCAAGGUCUUCAGCCAGAGCUCAAGCCUGCCCAGUCACCGCCGAAUCCACACUGGCGAGAAGCCGUACAGAUGUGAUCAGUGCGGCAAGGCCUUCAUCCACUGCUCCAACUUCAACCGACACAAGAAAAUCCACACCGGCGAGAAGCCGUACAAAUGCAACGAAUGCGGCAAGCUCUUUACGCAAAACUCCAGCCUUGCAAGUCAUCGGAGGAUUCACAGCAGGCAGUGACCUCACCAGCAUAAUGAGUGUGCCAGAGCCUUCCGGCGUGAAUUGCCAGCGGAGUCCACACUGAAGAGAGACCAGGUCCCUGUUGUGUGCACACCCAAGGGCUGCGGACUUGCUGUCUUCACUCAAUGUCAGGAUGUGCCUCUCUCCUGAGACUGCAAGAAUGUAACCUGCACACAAAGGCUUUUACUCACAGAUCAAAGCUACAUUGGGAGUUCUUGUCGCGGCGCAGUGGAAACGAAUCCAACUAGUCUCCGUGAGGAUGCGGGUUUGAUACCUGGCCUCGCUCCAUGGUGUAAGGAUCCAGCGUUGCCGGGAGCUGUGGUGCAGGUCGCAGAUGUGGCUCGGAUCCCACGUUGCUGUGGCUGUGGUGUCGGCUGGCGGCUGCAGCUCCAAAUCAACCCCUAGCCUGGGAACCUCCAUAUGCCUGCGGGUGUGGCCCUGAAGUACAAGCCAAAAAAGCCCCCCAGAAAACUACAGAACAUCACAAGGUCCCCGCUGGAGAGCAGCCUUCCAAAUGUAAUGAAUGUGGGAAGGCUUUUUAUUAAACCUUCAAGCCUUCAGUGUCAGAGUAUUUAUACUAGAGAGAAGCCCAGACAAGUUUACUGAAUGUGGAAAGGCCUUUCAAGCCACGUUGUCCCCUCAGGAGUCACCAAAGAAUUCAUAAUAGAAAGAAAGCUUACAAAUGGAAAGAAUAUUUUAAAUUUCUUCGUGACUUUUCACACCAGAAUCCACAUCAGAGCAUUCAUAUGAGGAGUCAUAGAUCUCAAGGUCUCCACCUUUCACCUGAGAAACUGCAGAAUAAUUAAAAGUCCAGGGCGCUCCCUGAUGUCCUAGUGGCUAGGGAUUCGAUGUUGUCUCUGCUGUGGCGUGGGUUCGAUCCCUGGACUGGGAACUUCUGCAUGCCGCGGGUAUGGCCAAAAAAUAAGUCCAAAUAUGUUAAAACUUAGAUAAAGAUAGAACAAACAUAUAGAGGUAGAUCCUGAGGAUAUUAUCCCUUGGUUUUUCUUGUCUAAAUCUCUCAGAGUUUUAAAGUCCUAUAGUUUUGCAUUUCGUAUUUAAAGCUGUGCUCAAUUUUGAGCUAAUAUUUGUACAGAUGUGAAGUUUUGUUGGCAUUUCAUUUUUUUUCUUUUCCCUUUUUUGGGAAAACCAGUUGAACCAGUGUCAUUUUAAAAGCUCUUUCCUCACUUUGCUUGGUACCUUUGUCAAAAUUCAGUGGGCAGCACUUGUCUGGGGCCCUUUCCAGGUUCUCUGUUCCCUUGGCCUGUGUGUCUUACUCCGCAAAUACCACAGUCUCGGUUACUUUUUACCCGAUUAGAAGUCUGGAAAUGAAUGAGCCCAACCAGUUUAUUCUUCUUCAGGUGUCCCAGCUUUUCUAGUUCCUUUGCCUUUCCUUAUGAAUUUUAGAAAAAUCCCACUUGUGUCUACAAGAUAUCAGUAAAAAGGGCAGUAAGCCUGACUCAGUUGCUCGUCAUUUCUGUGUCACCCUUUCCAAUAAACGGCUGUGGUCUCUGG